UAUAACACAAAUACUUCCCUUUAGAAAAAUUCCAUCCCUUCCUUAUCUCUCCCAAAUCUUUGGUACGUCGCUAAAGAUUAGGGUGGUUGGAAGACUUCAACUAGGCUCUUCUUCUUUCUUCCCACUUCCCACUUUCCUUUUGCUUUUCUUUGCUCUUGUGGGUUGUGACUCUGCGUGUCUUCUGGUAUCAUCUCUUUCUCUCCUCUCUCUGAGAGAAAUUAAAAAGAGGAGGGGGAGAGAGAGAGAGAGAGAGAGAGAGAGCAGGUAGCUAGGUAGGUAGAGAUGGUGUACGCAGGACUGAGCACGCUGUUUGUGACGGUGUUUCUGUACCACAUGGCCACAUUCAUGGUGAUACCGGCGAUCACCGACGUUACAAUGUCGGCACUAUGCCCAGGCAUGGAUGAAUGCUCCAUUGCUAUCUACCUCAGUGGUUUCCAACAGGCGAUAAUUGGAUUGGGAACGCUUGUGAUGAUGCCUAUCCUUGGGAACCUCUCGGACGAAUAUGGGAGAAAAACUUUGCUCACACUUCCAAUGACUCUCACCAUUAUCCCAUUGGUGAUAUUGGCUUAUAGCAGGACGAAGUACUUCUUCUACAUGUACUACGUGUUCAGGAUUCUCACUUCCAUGCUUUGCGAAGGCAGUGUCCAAUGCCUCUCCCUUGCUUAUGUGGCGGACAACAUUCCGGAGGGUCGAAGAGCGUCGGCUUUCGGGAUUCUGUCGGGUAUUGUGUCGACCGCAUUCGUCUGCGGAACUCUAACUGCUCGUUUCCUCUCUACUGCCCUGACAUUCCAGGUCUCUGCGACAGUGGCGGUGCUUGCGGCAUUGUACAUGAAAUUUUUCCUGAAGGAUUCGACCAGCGGCAGCGAUGCGUCUUCGCUGCGGACAAUUUCCAAGAAGACAAACAAUGUUGUUCAUUUUGAUGGCGACUCCUCCAGGAAGAUUCAACUCUUCAGAAGAAUCCCGUCGGUGGACGAGAUUUUUUACCUGUUGAGGAUAAGCCCAGCAUUUUCACAAGCAGCAGUUGUUGCAUUCUUCAACAAUUUUUCUGAGGGCGCACUUCAUUCUUCACUAUUGUACUUUCUAAAGGCUCGUUUUCACUUUAGCAAAGACCAAUUUGCGGAUUUAUUGCUGAUAUCGGGGGUUGCAGGGGCCAUCUCACAGCUUAUUUUUAUGCCCAUAGUAGCACCAUUUUUGGGAGAGGAAAAGUUGCUUAUUAUAGGUCUCUUUGCUGGUUGUACACAUAUGUUUCUUUAUGCCUUAGCAUGGUCUUCUUGGGUUCCAUAUGUUGCCUCUAUGCUCUCCAUUUUGGUUGUUUUCGCUUCUCCAUGUAUAAGGAGCAUUGCUUCGAAACAAGUUGGUCCCUCUGAGCAGGGGAAAGCACAAGGGUUUCUUUCAGGCAUAUGUUCAUUUGCCAACAUUGUUUCUCCAUUAGCAUUCACUCCUCUAACAGCAUGGUUCCUUUCUGAAAAUGCACCAUUUCACUUCCCUGGCUUCAGUAUCAUGUGCAUUGGAUUUUCACUGUUGAUAGCCUGCAUACAGAGUACAAUGAUAAGGGCGGCUCCUCCUAUUUCAAGCCACAAAAUUUCCACCAGCAACUACGUGGAGGCCUAGUUUGCGAUAAGGGAAAAUUUCUAACAUAGAACAACACCUGUCUGCCUUCUCCUAUCUUGCCAUUGGGCACUAUUAAAUCAUCCCAUGCCUCAGAGGCAUACUAUUUUAUUUAGCAAACCUCCUUAUGGCUUGUAGGUCUAUACUUGACACUAGAGGCUUCAUAUUUCAGUUUCCUCAUUGACCCAUGCAGAAGCACUAAGCACCCCCCCACCCCCCCUCCCAAAAAGAAAAAAAAACAAUUCCCAGAGUUGAUUUUUUGCCUGCAAGACAAAACAUGGCACUCUCCACCUAUUACAUCUAGGAGGGAGCUAAAUUUGAGGAAUAAUUACUCUUUUGGUUUGAAUAAUCAUGAGAACUGAUCCCUUAAGUUGAUUGGAGAAUCUGCCAACUGUUCAUGAUGCUGUCUUCUCAAUCUGGUGGAAAUUGGAUCAAGUUAUUCAUGUUUCAUUUUCAAAAGGGGUGAUGUAACAGGCAGAAGUCCAUGAUUGAGAGCUGUCAGUAAUGUAAAAAUAUUUCAUGUUGCAUUUGUAUUACAUUAUUUAUGAAUGCAUUGGUUUAGUUCUGCCUCAUUUUGUUUCAAA